AUGAACGAAAUGCGCUGCCGCCCUCCCGCAGACGAGGCCGAGAUGGAUACGUUCGAGGACAGCCAGCGGUCGCAGGACAGUUUCAUGACGGUGACGCAGGAGAAUAGACACGAGAUCCUCUACUUUGCGUACGGCAGCAACCUGUCGACCGAGCAGAUGCGGCAGCGGUGCCCUCACUCGACCCCCGUCGGACUCGGCUAUCUCGAUGGCUGGCGAUGGAUCAUCAACGAGAGGGGCUAUGCCAACGUCGUUCAGCAGCCGGCAGCAGAGCCGGCUUUCUCCGGACCCGAGGGCAGUGACCGGGUGUACGGCCUGCUGUAUCUGCUGCCGCCGCGGGACGAGGGGAGCCUGGACGCGUGCGAAGGCGUGCCGUGGGCGUACGAGAAGAUGCGCUGCGACUACAUUCAGUGGGCGGGCCGGGAAGAGUACGGCAUCGGCAGCGGGCGAGCGACGGCCUUGGUCUACGUCGACAGGAAGCGCGUGGCCGAGGGUCCGCCGAGGGAGGAGUACGUGCAGAGGAUGGAGAGGGGAAUCGAAGAUGCCGUGGAGAACUGGGGCCUCGAUCGGGCGUACGCCGAUCGUGUCAUGAGGAGACACUGGAGGGCCUGA